CUGCGCGACUUAAUGCAUUUUAAAUACAGAAUUAAUCACCUACGUCCGCGAAUUGAGCAACUGGGAAUAAUUCGUAUGUUAUAUACGCUAUACGGUCAAAUGCAAAACACGUAAGACAUAUAAAUGCCGGGACAUUAUGGAAAUAGUUACGCAUAGUAAUGAAUGAGAAGUGACGCAUGGAAUUAAAUCAAAGGUGCAGACAAUGCUUAAUUAAAUGAAGAGACGAAGUUGCCACCCUGGUCAGAGAGUAAGGCUGGAUUACGAUAUCGCACGUCGGAACCGCAUGCAUAUGCUGUGGUCAGUCUCUGAUUGUAACUGCUCAAGCGACAUCACGAACCGUUUUAUCCUACUGUAUUUCGGCGUGAGGUGAAUGCUCGUCGUCAGGUCAAACAGCCAACAUAAACUAACAGUUCUUCAAGCUGCUUCGUCAUGUUGCAUUUGGGACACACGAUUCAAGACUCUCGUGCCAAGUACCCGGAACUUACCGAUGAGGUCUUGGAUGAUCUGCAAAAGUGGACGGAAGCCAGAGGCAUCCCGGGUGUUCCUCUGGAGCAAUUGGCCCUGUUCACCCAUAGCUGUUAUUACGACAGGGAAGCCACCCUUCGCUGCAUCAGUGUUUACUACAGGAUGAGAGCGACUGUUCCGGAGUUUUUUGCCAAUCGUGAUCCCAAGAUGGAAUGUCUGCAGCAUUCAUUGCGAGCACUACAAUUUGUCUGCCUUCCGGUACCAGAUCCACAGGGAAACAGGAUAAUUUUUCAUCGACUGGUGGACACUCGACCCAGCCAGUACAUGUUCAAUGAUGGAAUCAAGCUCCUGACAAUGACAGUCGAUGCUAGUCUAUACUCGGAUGGCUGUUCACCAGGACACAUUUUUUUAUUUGACAUGCAAGGUGUCAGACUCGGCCACCUGACCAGACUUUCGGUGUCCAGUAUUCGAAAAUUCUUCGAGUAUAUACAAGAGGGACUUCCGGUUAGACUGAAGGGAAUUCACGUUUUGAACGCUGUCUGGUUUAUGGAUAAGGUCCUUUCGCUGAUCAGGCCGUUCAUGAAGCGAGAAUUGUUUGAUAUUCUUCAUCUUUACACUGGAGAUGUUUCUGAAGUAUACAAACACAUACCACAAAGGUGUUUACCAAAAGACUUUGGAGGGGAUCUUGAUAUGGUUGAAAAUCUUCACGAGGCACAUACCUCGAAAUUGCUCGGAUUACGAGAUUAUUUUCUUGAGGAGGAAAGACUGUUCCGCGGAGGAUUCAGUGCAGGCGAUUCCAAAAUAUUCUCACCUAGCUCUGCACUUUCUGAAGAUCUUGAUUCCUCAUCAAAAUCCAAGGAUGGAUGCACUGCUUCUGCUCCAGACACCUGACCUCUCAUCAGCCACCCAAAAGCCUUUAUAACAAUACGUAUGUGCAUGUGCCACAACCACACGAUAUUACGUUGUAAUUUGGUCAUUUACGUCCCUAAGAAUAAAAUAUUGACAGUGA